AUGCCGCGCAUCAGGACGAUGAAUUCAAGGAAACCACCCGAGGGGUGGUGUAAAGUAGAAUCCUUUUUAGAUGAAAUGAACAAAAAAAUGCGUAGCUUGGAAAACGAAGAUACUUCUAAGAAAAGGAAAAGUGAAAUUUUGUGGCCCAUAUUUCAAAUCAACCACCAAACGUCUCGCUACAUAUACGAGCUGUACUACAAGCGCAAGGAAAUAUCAAGGGAAUUGUAUGACUACCUGGUGCAGGAAAAAUACGUCGACGGCGCGCUCAUAUCAAAGUGGAGGAAGCAGGGGUAUGAAAACCUGUGCUGCCUCAAGUGCAUCCAGAUAUCAGACAGCAACUUCAGCAACACCUGCAUCUGUAGAGUGCCCAAAAGUAAUCUGGGCGAUCGGGUAAGUACUGGAAAGGGGAAUGUGCAGUUGUAUGCAUGUGAAAAUCUGCGCACAUGCCGUUAUAUAUGA